AUGUCGCACCUCGAGCAGGUGCCGGCGACGCUCUUCCAAGCCGGGCCCGGCAACCAAGUGCUGGGGAUUGCUCUUAUCGUGUUCAUGGCGAUAGCACUAUAUAAUGCCGUCGAGCUAGGAAUUAUCAUCCCACUCAGUUUCCGCCGUUAUCACAGUCUAUAUUUCUGGGCACUGCUCACCUCCGCCGUCCUGGGAGUCGUCCCAGGAACGAUAGGUCCAGCAUUUCAAUUUUUCUCAAUCGGUCCACUAUGGCUGUCACUAGUCCUAUCCAAUAUCGGAUUCGUAAUGAUGGUCCCGAACCAAUCCAUCGUCCUCUACUCCCGCCUCCAUCUCAUCUCACAGAGUCGCAUUGUCCUCCGGUCCGUACGGUUGUUGAUAAUGGCCAGCCUAUUCUUCAUUCUCGUCCCAACAAUCACCCUUAAUAUCGGCUCAAGCUAUGUGCUCACGCCAAGCUGGAGCCGAGGUUUUCAAGCGAUGGAACGAAUCCAACUCACCUGGUUCUCGGCACAAGAAACUCUGAUCUCAACAAUCUACAUCUAUGACACGGUCCGAAUGAUCCGACUGAGCCCCAACGACGACAAGAAGCGACAUAAGAUAUUAUACGAGCUGCUUGCGAUUAACGUGGCUGCUAUCUUGAUGGACACGAGCCUGGUGGUUCUGGAGUAUGUGGGGUAUUAUUUCACGCAGGUGAUUCUCAAGGCCAUGGUGUAUAGUAUCAAGUUGAAGCUUGAGUUUGCUGUUUUGGGGAUGUUGGUUUCGCUUGUACAUUCGAACGGGUCGCAAGGGGGACGAGAACUUGACCAUCUAGACCUGCAAGACCGUCGGAUGGCACACCAGCCCCGCAGUGCUGAGCCGCCAACGCCCGCCAAAUGCGGAGGUGGAGCUGGCAUUUGA